UUUUGCCGAAUCAGCUGUUUUGAUUCCUUUGUAAAAUUUCGAGUCACCGCGCUCAUAUUUUUUUAUCAAUUAAUUAUUAGAGGAAGCGAGUGCAGCAGUGAAAACUAAUAGAACCAGUAGCUAAUUGUGUUUUAAGGAUUUAACUAAAAGUUCAUGCUCUUCAAAAACUUCUACAAACCCUAUUUAGUAGUUACAUACUUUUCUAAGAAGAGUACGAAUUGUUUAAAGCGAAAUAACUAAACAGAUCAGAUCAAAAUGCUUAGCUUAAGAAGAAGUUUAUUGUCCCAUAAGAAAAUCCGUUUGAUCUGUACAGAGUUACCAACCAAUAGCAUCAAAUUUGGAAAUGCAAGAAAUUCAGGAAUCCUUCGAAAUUUUAGUAAUUUACGGUUGACACAAAAUUUUGCCCAUAGUACAAAAAAAAUUAAUUUAAGUUUCACCAGUUUAGUUAUACGUACCAUGUCUUCUGCCAACACUGCCCAUUUUGUUUUGCCCAACUCCCAACCAAUUGCUGACUUGGAAUGCAAAAGUGCUUUCUCGAGUCUAACUGAAAAAGAAAAACUCUACGCCCACUACUUUAGUAAAGCUUCAUGGGAUGGUGGCCUUAUCGCUCUGAUACAAUCCAGUCCGGAAGCGCCAUUGAUAUUCUCACUACUACAUCGAAUUUUCGUUGCUGAGCCAUUGCAGGAGUUGAAAACAAAAGCUUUGGCUAAAGAUAUUAGCGAGGAUGAGUUUACGGCUUUCUUAGUUUACGCUUGUGGAAUUUUCGCCAAUGCCGGUAACUAUAAAGGUAUGGGUGACAGCAAAAUCAUUCCGAAUUUGGAUGAGAAAAAGUUCGAAGUGAUUGUUAAAUUGUCAUCAGCUUAUUCGAAUGAUAAACAUGUACCAGCUGCGUACGAGAAAGCCGCUCCACUUAUCUAUUCAUUAAAGCCGCGUAAUGAGGUCUUAGGAUUCGCUCCAAAUGGCAUAACCACUUACUGGUCAGAUAAUUGUACAAAGGAAGAUGCUGAUAUUGUCAAUGAGUGGUUAACAUCUAAGCGUAUUGAGCCUUACAUGUGUCGUACAUUUAAGUUGCAGGAAAAUGGUCAAACGAUCUAUGACAUUAAGCUGGGCUCAGUAGAAUCUUCGAAUAAGGAUGGUAUUACCUUGCCCUUGGAAAGCUAUAAUGGUAAUAGUUUUCGUGUGACACGCGGUGACUAUCAAAAGUUGCUGCAGCGUGUAAAUAAAAAUUUAGAAAAAGCUAAAAAGUAUGCGGCUAAUGAAAAUGAGCAAAAAAUGAUUGAGCAUUAUAUAAAAUCUUUCCAAGAGGGUUCACUAGCUGAUCAUAAGGAUGGUUCAAGGUGGUGGAUUAAGGAUAAAGGCCCAGUCAUCGAAACUUACAUUGGCUUCAUCGAAACAUAUCGUGAUCCAGCAGGCGGACGCGCAGAAUUCGAGGGCUUUGUUGCUAUGGUCAAUAAGGAAAGUUCUGCUAAAUUUGCCGAAUUGGUGGCACGGGCCGAAAAGUUGCUGGAAUAUUUGCCUUGGACGGAGGCCUAUGAAAAAGACACUUAUUUGAAGCCUGAUUUUACAUCCCUUGAUGUGUUGACUUUUGCUGGCAGUGGAGUACCGGCUGGAAUCAACAUUCCAAAUUAUGACGAGAUCCGUCAGGAUGAGGGGUUUAAAAAUGUUUCACUCGGCAACGUCUUAGCAAACAUAAACCGCAAAGAUCCCAUUCCAUUCCUCACCGAUGAGGAUCAAGAGCUGAUGAAGGAAUACAAAGUGAAAUCUUUCGAGGUGCAAGUGGGUCUGCACGAGCUGCUCGGUCAUGGAAGUGGCAAACUCUUCCGCAUAGAUGAAAAUGGCAAAUUCAAUUUUGAUAAAGAAAACACGAAAAAUCUUGUAACUGGCAAACCAAUUGAAUCUUGGUAUUUACCAGGUGAAACUUACGACACGAAAUUCGGUGCUAUUGGCUCUUCCUAUGAGGAAUGCCGUGCUGAAGCGGUCGGCUUGUUCCUUUCGUUAAGACCAGAUAUUUUAGAGAUUUUCGGUUUUAAAGAUCCUGUUGAGCAAGAAAAAAUAGUCUAUAUCAAUUGGUUGAGUUUGAUUUGGAACGGUAUGGGCGUUGCCUUGGAAAUGUACAAUCCUCAGUCCAAACAAUGGAUGCAAGCGCAUUCUCGUGCUCGCUUUGUCAUCAUGAGGGUGCUUUUAGAAGCGGGUGAAGGAUUUGUCACCGUCGAGGAAACUGAGGAAGGCAAAAAUUUGCGCUUAACAGUGGAUCGCACAAAAAUACAGACUGUGGGCAAGAAGGCCAUUGAAGAAUUCCUAAAAAAGCUACAAGUUUACAAAUCAACUGCUGAUAUAGCAGCGGCAACUGAAAUGUACGAACACUACUCAGAGGUGAGUGAAGGCGGUUCACACCCAUGGGCUAAAUGGCGCGACAUUUGUCUGGCACAUAAAAAGCCACGCAUAAUUUUGGUACAGGCCAACACCGAUGUGAAGAGUGAAAAGGUGAAUUUGAAUACAUAUGAAGCCACACACGAAGGUUACAUUAAGUCGUGGGUGGAUCGUUAUCCCGACACCGAAAUCGAUGAUAUUCUGGAAGAAAUCGUGGACGAAGAGAAGAUAUACUUUCCAAGUGCCUUUGGGAAUUAAAUUAGCUGUUAAAUUAUAUUAUAUAAGUAUAUAAGAGGAAGCGUUAAUGAGAAAUGUGUAUAAUUUAUUUGUAACAUUUUUCAUGAAAAUGCUGUUUUGUAUUACAACAAAUUAAAUGCUGAACAUGCAAAAUUGCAGUUUCACUUAAAAACA